AUAGCUAAGAGCUAUAACUACAGCAAAGUCCAUAUUUGAUGUGAAGCUUCUGUGGAAUUUCGGGCGAUCCCAUAUACACUGCGUUUAUUAAAUUUGUAUUUGAAUGAAAGGGCGGGCUGGAGACUUAAUUCAAGAAACACAAUGGCGGAAGCUCAAUUAUCUACGAUACAGGCCGAGGCGCCGAAGAAGCAAGCCAAGGCUAAGGCUUAUGUAUCGCCAGGUGUAUCCCUAAUAGCCGGUGGUGUAGCUGGAGGUGUCGAGGCUAUGUGCACAUACCCAUUCGAAUUCGCCAAAACCAGACUCCAACUCCGCGACAGUCCAUCAACAUCAGCAUCAUCAACAACACCAAAACAAAUGACAAGAAACCCUCUCAUCCUCAUCCGCGACAUAGUCCGAAUAGAAGGGAUAUCAGCACUCUACACGGGCUGUACAACCCUGGUCGUGGGCACAGCGUUCAAGGCAUCCGUACGGUUUCUAACAUUUGACUCCAUCAAGAAUGCCCUUGCAGACGAGAAGGGUCAUUUAUCCAAAUCAUCGGGUAUAUUGGCCGGUAUGAUGGCGGGUUGUGUUGAGAGUGUGGUUGCUGUUACACCUACGGAGAGGAUAAAGACUGCUUUAAUCGACGACGCAAAAGGCCCAAAAAGAUUCCGUAGCACAACGCACGGAAUCCAACUUCUGAUCCGCGAACAGGGUCUGAGAAGAGGAUUAUAUCAGGGUCUCAUACCAACCACCAUGAAACAAUCAGCCACCUCAGCAGUACGUAUGGGAACGUAUAACAUGCUCAAAGAAAGCGCAAAACACUACAAUAUCCCGCUCAACGGCGUAACGACGUUCGGUAUUGGUUCUGUCGCUGGGAUAAUUACUGUUUAUGCUACACAGCCGUUUGAUACGAUCAAGACGAGGGUGCAAGGGACACAAAAGGCGACGAUAAACGAUGCGGUUGCGGAUGUGUUGAGGGAGGCAGGGCCAAAGGGGCUUUGGAAGGGGAGUACGAUGAGAUUGGGGAGGUUGUUUUUGAGUGGUGGGAUUGUGUUUUCGGUCUAUGAGCAGGUUGUGAAGGCGUUGUCUCCGGGGAAUUGA